GACUUUGCUUUAAUUACCUACCUCUAUUGAGACAAUUACACCUACACAUACAUCCACAAAAAACUUCCCAAUAGGCGUCAUGUCUCCUUCUAUUCACAACCUGCCGCUCCUUGGUCCUAUCGUCGGCCUCAGCACUUGGACCUUUGCAAUGGAAGGCCUGCUAUAUGCACGCCGAAUUCCAGCGCUUUCCAAGUACGACGUCACUUUUGAUCCAGCUACUGUCAAGAAGCAGAAGGCAGAGAAAUUGCCUCCUUACGUUCAGUGGCCGGCUGACAAUUUCAACAACUUGCUCGAGCAACCUACUCAGUUCUACGCCGUAAUGCUUGCCUUGACCUUGUUGAAUGUCAAGGACAAGAUGACGGUACGCUUGGCGUGGGGUUAUGUGGGCCUAAGAUUCCUUCACAGCAUCAUUCACGUCACGACCAACAACCUUAAUCUGCGUUUCCCCACCUUUGCCAUGAGCUCAGUUGUGCUUUUGGGGAUCACAGCCAAGGCAGCUUGGGAGCUUCUCUUUUAAGGCAGAAGCUUCCCCAAUGCAUGCGUCACGAAUAGUCAAGUUGAAAA